UCUAGUCCCAGAAAGUCCUGUGUUCUGUUGUUACCGAAUGAGCGGCGACGGGAGUUACUAUGGUGCGAUAAUAGGAUACGCAUGAACUGGUUGCGAUCUGGCUACGGGAAAAAGUUUUGAGAGGAAAGUAACGGAUAGUUGGCAAAAUACUCGGGCUUCGCACUCAAUGCCAAAAUAUAGAGUUUGGAGGCACGCUCUGCCUUCGCGAAUUCACAGCUCAAGCGUUCGAACUUCUUGGAAGAUUGGAAAUAAAACAAAUGUUUAACCUCCAGAGAGCGAAAACUGCCGUUUUCGAAAAGGUAAUUUCUGGGGAAUGACAAACGUUCUGCUACAAGGAGCAACUGACGAGAGCUGCUCUGUGCCCGUUUAUUCUUCUCACCAUAAGAACUGGCUGUUGCUGCCCUGCGGCUGAACAUUCUCCAAUGGUUGGGGGCUUUUGGAGUUUUGGCAGCUCGAUUUUUUUUCUUCAGAUACACUUGUGCUCAGAAUGGUGUGUAGAUCUGAGAAUGUGGGAACGAAUCAACAGGCUUUCGUUAAAACAUGACUUACUGUUAUGGAUCUCAUGUGAGCUGUCGAAGAGGCAACGUGUACAGGGCGCAAGUUACACUUCAGAGUAGGCCUAAUUGUUUAUUUCUAUAGGGGUUGUGUUCACUAUGAUCUAUUACUCAUUCAACCGACUGGAUAUUCUAAACAAGAUGACCAAGAUGCUUCAACAUACCCGAUGGCGUUGAAAAGAACUUGAGAUCUGCUAUUCUAAAUAAUACAUGUCGUUCAACUUUGCGUCUUUACCCCGUCAAGAAUCCGUCAAGGAGACAUAAGUUAGCCAAUGUCUGCCUGCAGCAGUUCGUCCCUUCCACCCUUACCUAGACUUUUCCCCCUCUCUGUGGCCCCCCACCCAGUGGCCCCACCGACUCCCUCGCCGUCUCCAAGCCCGCCGGCAACACUCUACGGUCGGCUGUCAAAUGGGAGUCUCAGCGCCCCGAGCCCCACCAACUCCCAGUGCUCUUUCCACAGGGUGUCUUUUCUCCUCCAGAUCGGACUCACCAGGGAAACGGUGAACUUGGAUGCCAGCGAUCUGUCCGGGCUAGCUGCGGUGAAGGAGCUCGUAUGUUCCAUAGUGGAUCAAAAGUUCCCGGAGUGUGGAUUCUUUGGCAUGUACGACAAGAUCCUUCUGUUCCGCCAUGACCUGGCCUCGGAGAACAUCCUGCAGAGGCUGACGUCAGCGGAGGACAUCCACGAGGGAGACCUGAUCGAGGUGGUCCUCUCCGCUCUGGCCACUGUUGAGGACUUCCAGAUCCGUCCCCAUGCCUUGUACGUGCACUCCUACAAGGCCCCGGCCUUCUGUGAUGAUUGUGGGGAGAUGCUGUGGGGCCUGGUCCGACAGGGCCUCAAAUGUGAAGGAUGUGGGCUGAACUACCACAAGCGCUGUGCCUUUAAGAUCCCGAACAACUGCAGCGGGGUGAGGAAGAGACGGCUGUCCAACGUGUCCCUGCCUGGAGCCGUGCUGUCAGUCCCCCGCCCAGCUCCCAUUGAACACGUCCCGACACCCCAGGAAGAGCUGCGCCCUCUCCUGGGGGCCGGGAAGCGUAACAGCCUGUUAAGCGGCAGACCUAUCUGGAUGGAGAAGAUGGUGCUGGGAAGGGUCAAGGUGCCUCACACCUUCUCAGUGCACACCUACACCAGACCAACCAUCUGCCAGUACUGCAAACGCCUGCUCAAGGGCCUGUUCCGUCAGGGCAUGCAGUGCAAAGAUUGCAAAUUUAACUGCCAUAAGAGAUGUGCGGCCAAGAUACCAAGAGACUGCCUUGGUGAGGUUUCCUUUAAUGGAGAACCAGCCAGCCCAGGCCCCGACUCUGAGGCCACCAUGGAGGUGGACAACAGUUAUGUGAACAGUGAGGGCAGCCAGAGCAUGGAUGACCCAGAGGAGCCUUCCACCCCAGACGAUAAGUUCUACAUAGAGGGGCCCUGUCUGGAUGGGGACAAGGACGAGGAGACAGUCAAGGCUAUCAGCCCCAUGACGAGCACUUUCAUCCCCCUGAUGCGGGUGGUUCAGUCCAUAAAACAAACCAAGCGGAAGAGCUCAACCAUGGUCCGGGAGGGGUGGAUGGUCCACUACACCAGCCGAGACAGCAUGAGGAAGAGGCAUUACUGGAGGCUGGAUAGCAAGUGUCUGACCCUGUUGCAGAACGAAACGGGAUCCAAGUAUUACAAGGAGAUCCCGCUGUCAGAGAUCCUACAGGUGGAUCAGGUGCAGGCCGUCCACAGCCUGGCCCAGGGCGGCAACCCCCACUGCUUCGAGAUCAUCACCGCCACCAUGGUCUACUACGUUGGGGAGAAUAACAGCGGUCAAUUCCAUAACCCGGCCCUGGCCGCCACCGGUGUGGGGCUAGAGGUGGCCCAGGGCUGGGAGAAGGCCAUCCGGCAGGCGCUGAUGCCUGUCACUCCCCAACCCAGCGUCUGCACUGGUCCUGGACAGGGCAAGGAUCACAAGGACCUUUCAAUCAGCAUAUCAGUGUCUAACUCACAGAUCACAGAGAAUGUGGAUAUCAGUUCAGUCUACCAGAUCUUUGCUGAUGAGGUCCUGGGGUCGGGCCAGUUUGGGAUUGUGUACGGAGGUAAACACAGAAAGACUGGGAGAGACGUGGCCAUCAAAAUCAUCGACAAGAUGAGGUUCCCUACCAAGCAGGAGAGCCAGCUGAGGAACGAGGUGGCUAUUCUCCAGAACCUUCACCAUCCUGGGAUCGUCAACCUGGAGUGCAUGUUCGAGACUCCCGAGCGGGUCUUUGUUGUCAUGGAGAAGCUCCAUGGCGACAUGCUGGAGAUGAUCUUGUCCAGUGAGAAGAGCAAGAUCCCUGAGCGUCUCACCAAGUUCUUGGUCACACAGAUCCUGGUGGCUUUGAGGCAUCUCCAUUUUAAGAACAUCGUUCACUGUGACCUGAAGCCUGAGAAUGUGCUGCUGGCUUCCGCAGAGCCCUUCCCUCAGGUGAAGCUUUGUGACUUCGGCUUCGCUCGCAUCAUCGGCGAGAAGUCGUUCAGGCGCUCCGUGGUGGGCACGCCCGCCUACCUGGCGCCUGAGGUCCUACGCAGUAAAGGCUACAACCGUUCCCUGGACAUGUGGUCGGUGGGCGUGAUCGUUUACGUCAGCCUCAGCGGGACCUUCCCCUUCAACGAGGACGAGGACAUCAACGACCAGAUCCACAACGCUGCCUUCAUGUACCCUCCCAACCCCUGGAAGGACAUCUCUGGAGAGGCCACGGACCUGAUCAACAACCUCCUCCAGGUGAAGAUGAGGAAGCGCUACAGUGUGGACAAGUCUCUCAGUCACCCCUGGCUCCAGGAUUAUCAGACGUGGCUGGACCUCCGGGAGUUUGAGACACGCAGAGGGGAGCGCUACAUCACCCACGAGAGCGACGACACCCGCUGGGAGGAGCACGCCGACGAGAGAAGCCUGCACUACCCCAAGCACUUCAUCAUGGCACCCAAUCUGGACGACAUGGAGGAGGACCCCUAGUGGCCGGGAGGACUGCCUGCAGGAUGCACGUGUUUCAGGAGGAGUUCACAGGGCAUCCUGGGACUCAGGAGUCUCAUGGCUAGUGCUUGGGUCCUUGGAACCUGCCACUCCUGGCUGAGACUGUAAGCUUAAACAGGCAGAGAUGCAUAUAUAGCCUACAUGUAUGUGCAUGAAGGUGUAAUCGUGCACUACUACGUGGAACAGACAGGAGGCGAUGCAGUGGACAGGCAGCAGUGUGGUGAUACAGCACCAUGACAUGGGAACACACGAUGGUGUUGUGAGGGAGGGGGUGAUGAUCGAGUAUCUUUAGGUUGUUUUGUUUUCAUCACAUUCCAGAGACAUGGUUUCUUUCUCCGCCGGCUGCCUUCUCUACAAGCCAUAAUAUACAGUAUGAGCCUGAAAGACAUGCAUUACCUUUGGGGGUUGGUUAGAUAGGGAUUCCCCCAGCAACAGUAAUAAACAUUUGCACUGCCUUUCAACCCAGAAAAAGGGUUUCUAUAAAAUAUGGUUACUUUAGACCAAAUCCAGGAGACCGAGAAACAGUCAAGCUUUUCAGCUUCAAUAGCAUAUUGUUUUAAUGUUGUUCGUUUAACAUGUGUAUUUGAAAUCUCGUCACGACUACAUUCAAUUGUUAGUUUACCAUGAGAGUGCUAUUUUUGGAAAACUUUUCUUUCUAUUGGUUUUAUGUAAUGCUAUUGAACUGGAACACUUAAAGGGAUACUUCGGGAUUUUGGGCAAUUAAGCACUUUCCUUCCCCAGAGUCAGAGGAUCUCUUGGGUACCAUUUUUAUGUCUCUUCAUCCAGCAUGAAGGAAGUAAGAGGUAUUUUCGCAAGCCAAUGCUAACUAGCGUUAGCGGGAUAUGCCUGGCAGUCUAUGGAAUCUACUCGCAUGCUAGCAGUUACCAUAGACUUCCAGUCAUUGCGCUAACGCUAGUUAGCAAUUGCACUAACACUAGUUAGCA